AUGGUCGAUGAAACUAGUGUAGCGUAUGAGUCUACCGGUUUACAACGUCAUGAGAUAAAGUUUGGCGAAGUAUCACGGAAAAAAUCAAAAGUUAUUGCGUCUACUAAUAGUGUCAUCGCUUCCGAUGACGUCCAUUUGCCUGUUACAGAAAUACAUUUAAAGUCGCAUGAGUGGUUUGGUGAUUUCAUCACGAAACAUGAAGUUCCUCGUAAGGCGUUUCAUUCAUCUAUUGGUUUUAUUACGUUAUAUUUCUAUACUCAAAAUGUUGACUAUAAGAAGAUUAGUCUACCACUAGUAACAGCAUUUAUUCCAAUAUUCAUAUUAGAUGUCAUAAGAUUACGUUGGCCAUUUUUUAACAAGAUAUAUUGCCGUUGUGUGGGUGCCUUGAUGAGAAAGAAGGAAAUUCAUACAUAUAAUGGUGUCCUUUGGUACCUAUUAGGUCUUAUAUUUUCUUUUUCAUUUUUCUCCAAAGACGUUGCACUAAUGUCUCUUUUUCUUUUAAGCUGGUGUGAUACUGCAGCAUCAACGUUUGGAAGGAAGUAUGGCCACUUGACUCCAAAAAUUGCUAGAAACAAGUCAUUGGCAGGUUCGCUGGCGGCAUUUACCGUCGGGUUCACCGUUUGCCUAACAUUUUAUGGAUACUUUGUCCCGGCCUUCGAUGUCAAUAAGCCUGGUGAAAUAGAAUGGACGCCUGAAACUAGCAGAUUAAACUUAGUCAGUCUUUCUGUACUUGGUGGUUUCGUUGCUUCAUUGAGCGAAGGAAUUGAUUUGUUCAAUUGGGAUGAUAAUUUUACUAUCCCCGUCCUAUCUUCAAUCUUUUUACACUGUGUUAUCUAUGGCUUUAAAAUAUAG